AUGAGCUUCUUGUUUCGCUCGAGCAAAACAUUCAAACCAAAGAAAAACAUUCCGGAAGGUACACAUCAGUAUGACCUUAUGAAACAUGCGGCCGCCACGCUCGGGUCUGGCAAUUUACGAAACGCGGUACAGCUUCCCGAUGGAGAAGAUCUCAACGAAUGGGUUGCAGUAAACACGGUAGAUUUCUUCAAUCAAAUCAACAUGCUGUACGGUACGAUCACGGAGUUUUGCACCGAGGACACAUGUAGCAUUAUGUCGGCCGGUCCCAAAUAUGAGUACCACUGGGCGGACGGGCAGACGGUAAAGAAACCCAUCAAAUGCAGUGCACCCAAGUACAUCGACUACCUGAUGACGUGGGUGCAGGAUCAGCUCGAUGAUGAAACGCUCUUCCCGUCCAAGAUCGGUGUACCGUUUCCGAAGAAUUUCAUCAACAUCGCUAAAACGAUCCUGAAGCGACUGUUUCGCGUGUACGCCCACAUUUACCACCAGCACUUCUCGGAGGUGGUCCGGUUGAGCGAGGAAGCACAUCUCAACACGUCCUUCAAGCAUUUCAUCUACUUCGUGCAAGAGUUUAAUCUCAUCGAUCGUCGGGAGCUGGCACCUUUACAGGAUCUUAUCGAUAAGCUCAUCACAAAGGACGGACGAUAA